AUGAGGAAAAAUCUGGAUCCCUUUAAUGAGCAUUCAGAUGAGGAGCUGUGGAAUGCCUUAGGAGAGGUACAACUUAAAGAAAUAAUCAAAGAUCUUCCUGGUAAAAUGGAUAUUGAAUUAGCAGAAUCUGGAUCAAACUUGAGUGUUGGACAGAGACAAUUGGUGUGCCUUGCCAGGGCCAUUCUCACAAAAAAUCAGAUAUUGAUUAUUGACAAAGCCACAUCAAACAUGGAUCCAAGAACUGGUGAGUUAAUACAAAAAAGAAUCCAUGAGAAAUUUUCCCAAUGCACUGUGCUGACCAUCACCCACAGAUUGAGCACCAUUAUUGACACCGACGGGAUCAUUGUUUUGGAUUCAGGAACAGGGAAAGAAUUUUGGAAGUCAUAUACUUUGCUGCAGAAUGAGAACAGUCUAUUUUACAAGAUGGUGCAACAACUGGGCGAGGCAGAGGCUGCUGCCCUCACUGAAAGGGCAAAAUAG